GCGUGACAUUCCGAAAGUAUCCACGGCCUUGUCUCAUGCGCGUCCCCUCAGUCCCCGCCGGCACUCACUCCUCCCCUCUGUUUCAUUUCAGCGCCUUUCCUCUUCACCGAAUCACUCCGCAUUGCACCUGCGUCUAGUGGAUCUUCACUGCCUGUGCUUUGUAUUUUCGGAAUUGAACCAUGGCUACGGCUAUGAUGGGUACUGCGAAGGCGGCUGCUGUUGUUGCCCAUGGGGCUGUAUUGGAGAGGGUCCGGAAGUCCUCUGGUUCCGCGCAGCUGCUGGCUUCGUCGAAGUCGAGCUUAAGGAAGGGGACGACGAGCGAGGUGAUGCACCAGGGUUCCUGCGUCGAACGCAGCUCUCGAAAUGUCUCAAUGAAGGUUACCAUGACGGCCAUCCUCCCUCGACCUUCGUCUUCUGCUAGUGGAGUUGGCCGUACGCGCCCCACCAGCGACCCUGCCGCUCCUGAUUUUAAGCCGAUUCCUGCUUUCGAAGAAUGCUUCCCCAACAGCACCAAGGAGACCAUAGAAGUGGUGCACAGCACUACAGGGUCUGUGCUCCAGGUGCCAUUCCGCAGAAUUCACUUGUCUGGAGACGACCCACAUUUCGACACCUACGACACGAGUGGACCUCAGAACGUCAAUCCUCGUGACGGUCUUCCGAAGAUUCGGAAGGAGUGGAUCGCGAGGAGGGAAGCGCGCAAAGAUGAAAGGUUCACACAAAUGUACUACGCGAAGAAGGGAAUUAUCACGGAGGAGAUGGUGUUCUGCGCAGCGCGUGAGAAGAUGGACCCCGAGUAUGUGAGGACUGAAGUAGCUCGUGGGCGCGCCAUCAUCCCCUCCAACAAGAAGCAUCUCGAGCUGGAGCCAAUGAUCGUUGGGCGUAAGUUUCUCGUGAAGGUGAAUGCCAAUAUUGGUAAUUCCGCUGUGACGAGUUCAAUCGAAGAGGAGGUGCAGAAGCUUCAAUGGGCCACAAUGUGGGGCGCCGACACCAUCAUGGACCUCUCCACAGGUCUUCACAUUCACGAAACUCGUGAAUGGAUCAUGCGAAACUCGUCAGUGCCUGUGGGAACUGUACCAAUCUACCAAGCGCUGGAGAAAGUGAACGGAAUUGCCGAAGAUUUGACGUGGGAGGUGUUCAGGGAGACUCUUAUCGAGCAGGCCGAGCAAGGGGUGGAUUACUUCACCAUCCAUGCUGGUGUUUUGCUGAGGUUCAUCCCCAUGACAGCCCGGCGUAUGACGGGCAUUGUCUCAAGGGGUGGCUCCAUUCACGCCAAGUGGUGCCUGGCGCACCACAAGGAGAAUUUCGCUUACACCCAUUGGGAUGAUAUAUUGGACAUCUGCAACCAGUAUGAUAUCGCGCUCUCUAUUGGAGAUGGCCUCCGGCCUGGUUCCAUUUACGAUGCAAACGACAUGGCGCAGUUUUCAGAGCUCGCUACUCAAGGUGAGCUUACACGGCGAGCGUGGGAGAAGGACGUUCAGGUGAUGAAUGAAGGACCUGGCCACAUUCCACUCCACAAAAUCCCAGAGAAUAUGGAGAAGCAGCUGGAUUGGUGUAACGAAGCUCCUUUCUACACUCUUGGCCCUCUCACAACAGAUAUCGCUCCUGGAUAUGACCACAUCACAUCUGCAAUCGGCGCAGCAAACAUUGGAGCUUUGGGAACUGCUUUGCUCUGCUACGUGACGCCGAAAGAACAUCUCGGACUCCCAAACCGUGAUGAUGUCAAAACCGGUGUAAUUGCGUACAAGAUUGCUGCGCACGCCGCAGAUCUCGCGAAGAGACAUCCUCUUGCGCAGAAUUGGGACGACGCUCUCAGCAAGGCUCGAUUUGAGUUCCGCUGGAGGGAUCAAUUUGCAUUAUCUCUGGACCCCGUGACUGCACUCUCAUUCCACGACGAGACUCUUCCAGCUGAGGGUGCGAAAGUGGCGCAUUUUUGCUCCAUGUGCGGCCCCAAGUUUUGUUCUAUGAGCAUCACCGAGGACGUGCGCAAGUAUGCCGAAGAGCAUGGAUAUGGUGAUGAAGCUGAAGCUGCGAUGAAGGAUGGCAUGGAAAAAAUGAGUCAAGAAUUCUUAGCUGCUAAGAAGACCAUCAGUGGAGAACAGUGGGGUGAAAGCGGGGGUGAAAUCUACUUGCCCGAGAGCUACGUUGCGUCAAAAAUCUCAUCAACCACACCAUUAUCAUAAAUGGCACCGUCCAGUAUUUGGAAGGUGACCAGUGGCCAGAACUGGAGGGAGAUACACCGAGAUAAACCUUAAUGUCUUAAAGGGGUUUGAGCUACAGUUGCUCUGGCUUGUGGACUGAACCAACCAACAUCAGAUAAUUGUGAAUAUUUUGUGGCGUUUUUAGCUAUAUGUGUAGUUUUUUGUGUUUUCUAAAGAGGUACUUUUAUUGGGAUUCGAACUGAUCGAUUUUGGCACCAGGGGUGCUUGCAUGAUGAAGCAGCGCAAUCUAUUUGCGUCGAUUAUCAAUGCAGGCUGAGAGAGUCCCUUCGCACCUGAACAGGUUAAUACCUGCGUAGGGAGCGUGCCAAAUCCUUCGUUGUUUGUUGUUUGCACAGGACAGUUUCUCUGAAUCAAUCGUCUGCUUUGGUGGCUGUCAACAUUGUGACUGUGACAAAGCUCUUUUGCAAGCUCUGCGCCCAUUGCUAAAACAAAGCCCUUUGCUAUGUCAUGAUCAUCAAGAUAGACCCCCUCGCCUUCAACCGGAAAACCGUGGGUGUUGGCUUACUUGUGCCUUUCACGAGUGCUUGUUUCUGUGAUUAUGCUCCUUAGAAAUGAUAUACGGCGCUUAGAUACUAUAGUUUGUUGUCAAGGUCCCUUGUAGUACUUGCAGACUAGCAACGACGAUGCAUGUGUUACCUCGAUCGAUGAGUGAACUGCUAGGAGGUGUCGAGCUAAGCAUAUUUCUUUAGUCUGUUGUUUAGCAUCAAACAUUGUAAUACAGGAACAAGUUAAUGUUUACAGUUACCAUUUUGUUUCUAAUUGCA